GACUUAGGGCAUAAAAUGAGGCCACUAGACAGUAGUUGAGUUGAGUGAUAGAAAACUUAUGGGUUUAUCAUCAAGCUCUGUCAAUGAGACUCCUCUCUAGCCAAUCAGUGUAGAUCACAUGCUGGGGAGUGCUGCAGCAGCUCUCAAGUGAGAGAGACAGUUAGUGACAGUUGCUGAGAGGCGGUUGAAGAGAGAGCAGCAAUUUAGAGAGAGAGCGAGCAAUAUGGCAAAUUUUUUUAACAAGAGAAAGAGAGAGGCUAUCCCUGACAUCCAGGAGGGAAGCCAUCAUAACCCCUGGUGCUACUGGAAGAAGCCCAAGUAUGAGUGCAGCCCUGCGCCACCUGUACAGGAUCCAUGGAACACCUUUGGGAACAUGGCGGAUACGCUGCAGACCUUCAUGGACUAUGGAGAGACCUGCUACAUGUUCAAGAAAAGCCUGGAAGAGGAUUUCAUACCUCACAACUUUUUAGCAAAUCAAAGUGACAUCAAUGCAAAAUGUUGGAAGGACGUCGUCAUCACCAUGAUUAUUGCACACAGGGCAUUUAAACUGGACUUUGAGACCCUGUGCCUGGCUGUCAACUAUCUGGAAAGGUUUCUGGCCUGCACUCCCCUAAAAGCUGCCAAUCUGAAGGUCAUGGGUGGCACUUGCCUGUACUUGGCCUGCAAAGUAAUGGAAAAAAGCCUUCCUAAAAUCAACCAGUUUCUAGCGCUGUUCUGUGAAGAUGGAUUCACAGCUCCAUUAAUGUCCUAUUUAGAGCGGUUGGUAUUAAGGAGGCUGUGUUUCCGUCUGGGGGCUCCUACCAUCGAAUAUUUCCUGGAACACUUUUCCCUUCGAAGAGUGUCCAACAAGGAAUGUCCGGCUGCCAAAAUCAACAGAGCAGCCAAUGCCCUUACAGCUGCUAGAGGCAUCGCAGCACUGAGCAUGACAAAGUAUGGCUUCCCUGCCUACCCACCAUCUCUAUUGGCUCAGUGCUGCCUUACAGCUGCAGACCAAAUCUUCCAAUAUGACCCCUGGAACAGAGUGCACCCCAGAGACUGUUUAGGCCCCCUAUGGCAGGAGUGCAUGGGUAACAUCACCCACCUGGUAUCAGUCAACAAGAUCUUCUUUCACAAGAUUAUGCCAGGUGUGUUUCCAGAAACCUUUCCAGACUUGGUUCCACCACCCACCAGGAAUCUGACCAAUCAUGGAGAUGAGCAGGCGGCCUAGAGAAACACCAAAAAUAACACCUAAAAAGGAGGCAGGAGCAAGCUCUUCCCAAAAGUCAUCAGAAAGCAGGAAAUCAGCGGCAGUAACAUCAAGAAAGGCGGCAGCUCGUGGUGCUUGGAGGCAGCUUUGACAUCAGGUCGUGCUUCGGUAGCAGAUGUUUCUAGGAUGAUCAGCCAGCAAGAUCAGCAGAGGAAGAACAGCACCCAAUGGAACAACAUCUUCCUAUUGUACCAUCUACAGAGCACCCAGAAUAGUAUCCAGCUGGCAGGGUGAUGUGACAGGGUGCUACAGACAUUUCCCAUACACGCACACUCACAUACUCACAGCACUACACACAUUA